UAGCGUCCCAACGUGCUCGUACUGUGGAACCAAAUAAAGACAUAUGGUGGAACAAAGAAUAUAUCUCUGCCAAAGGCCGAGGGCAUAACUGGAGACCGAUUCUGACAGCUUCUAACUUUCAUUUUGGUCAACAUAAGGUGAUCACCUCCUCGCGCAAGAAGACUUUAUCGCACCACUGUGGUUGCAACCAUUAUAUUUUAGAGCGGGGAUGUUAUGAGUUUUGAAAGAUUUUUAAAAGCUUAACAUUAAACCCAUUAAUGUUGAAUCUUAUUGCCCAAGUGUUAUGGAUUUGACAAGUAAUACGAGUAAUUUCUCCAAAACAUGAGGAAAUAAACGGCAGUGAUACAUUUCGAACGUUUUCCUAACUAGCGGUGUCCCCUGCUCUGUGGUUCCGUCUUUUACCGGAAGACUCCGUGUUUACGGUGCCGCUGUCGCUCCACGUUAGCGGCGGUGAUUCACGUAGAAGUGAACCGUGCUACGCUACGUCGUACGCUUGUUUAACUAGCAGUAAAGACCGUUCGAAAAAGCGCCGCACUGACCACGACGCGGCUGGCACGAUUGCCCGAAGGCGGAAGGGCCAGGGACACGCACGGCGAUGACGAGCUGUCUAACGUAGCGCCGAGGGUUAGCUUGCUAACGACACAACAUUAGCUAGCUAACUUCUCAAACAGCGGCGGUUACCCCUGACUGACGGCGAAGCAGGAGUACGCGCGGCCAUGGGUGCGGAGAGCAGCGCGGUGCGGAGCUGCACCCUGGAGGAGCCGCUGCUGACGCUGCCCUCCGGGCUCACCGUGCACUCUGCGAUGCUCCAGGAUGGGAAGCCCGUGUCCGUGUUUGUUCACAAGCGGGGCAACGAGGACAAAGUCAACAAAGCCGCCCAGCACCUGAAGACUCUGAGGCACCCGUGUCUGCUGCGCUUCCUGUCGUGCUCGGUCCAGGACGGAGGCAUCCACCUGGUGACGGAGCGCGUGCAGCCCCUGGAGCUGCUGCUGGACGGUCUGUCCCCAGAGGAAAUCUGCGCGGGCAUCUACGACCUCCUGCAGGCACUUGUGUUUCUGCACGAGAGGGGUAAAUCAAGUCACAACAACGUCUGCAUUUCAUCCGUAUUUGUCAGUGAAGAUGGUCAUUGGAAACUGGGAGGGAUGGAUACUGUCUGCAAGUUCUCUGAAGCGACGCCUGAGUUUCUCGCUAGCAUCCGGAAUGUGAGGGAAGCCGGCUGUGUUCCUCCAGAAGAGCAGGUUGAGGGCUUUAAAAUGCUUCCGGAUAAAAACGCCCACUCCCGGGACUGUUACUCUUUCGGAGUGACGGUGGAGACCCUGAUCUCGCUGCUGAAUGGCUGUGGGUCCCAGGAGCUGUCAGACAGCCUGACAAAGACCCUGCAGGCAGGCCUGCUGAACUCUGACCCCUUUUCGCGACCCCCACUCCGCUCCCUGCUGGCUCAUGACUUCUUCAGGAAUGACUUUCUGGAAGUGAGGGAUUUUCUGAAGAGCCUGACCUUGAAGGUGGAAGAAGAAAAGAAUGAAUUCUUUAAGUUUCUCCUGGACCGGGUGCAAAGUCUCCCUGAAGAGCUCAUCGCUUCGCGCCUCGUCCCCAAACUCCUCAACUCUCUUGUUUUUGCUGAACCCAUGGCUGUCAAAAGCUUCCUGCCUCACCUUCUAAGGCCAAAGAAGGAAGCCGGUGGCGGAGGAGGCAACGACGAAGAAUGCCUGCUGUCUAUGUCCCUGUACCGCAAGCACGUGAUCCCUCAGCUUCUCAGGCUCUUCAAGGUCAAAGAGGAACACAUCCGCAUGGUUUUGCUGGCUCACAUGCACAUCUAUGCAGGGUUCUUCUCCCUCGAGGAAAUCAAAACCCACAUCCUACCUCAGGUUUUGUUGGGCAUGAGGGACACCAGCGAUUCUCUGGUUGCCAUGACCCUGCAGAGUCUGGCGGUGUUGGUGCCGCUGGUGGGGGCUCAAGUGGUGGUUGGCGGAGAGCGGUCCAAGGUCUUCAAACGCACCACACCAAACUUCACUACGAGGUCUACAGAGGUCACGCCUGAAACUUCACCUGUCCAUAUAGUGGAAGGCCCCCACCCUCGUGUGGCCCAGCCGUCAAAAGUCCUGAAUUUGCUCCCCAGACCGACAGUGACUGAAGGCCUGGUCCUGGGUCACAUGGGCAGCUCAGCAGGGCGCGGGGAGACUCCCCAAACGUACCCGCUGCCAAUAAAAUCAGAUGUCAGCAGACCGACGUCUCUGCCUCUAAAUGGCUUCCGCCAGGACAGUGGGACGGAGCCGCUGUCUUACAGCCCCGAGCAGACGGACGGACUAGAAGGUCCAGUGGAGGAGUGGCCCGACUGGAGCGACCCGGAGGAGAGCGAGACCCGAGGCGGCCAGUCGGUCCGGCUCCACCUCCAGGCCUCGGUGUGCGGCACGCCGCCUCCCUCGCGGCGGAGCGCGGAACGCGAGCCGUGGGACGACGACGACGACGUCGAGGGCGCCGAACCCACCUCGGACCUUUCCCCCGCGGCUCCUUCGUCGGACCCAGUUGUACUCGCGCCGCCCGGAGGGGGCGCUGCAACCCCUUCGAAUGACGCCCCCGAAGCACUGAGACUGGGUGCCUCCAAACCCCUCAAAUUGACCGCCGGCCUCCGCCAGUCCGCACAGAGCAGGGCCGCUUCCUCGUUGGACGAGGGCUGGGCUCAAGAGGAGACGGACGCCGAGACCGCGCUCAACCCCAAAACCAAAGCGCCGCGAAAGAGCGGCGGCCGAACGGGUCUGGGGGAGGAGUUCACCAUUAAGGUGAAGAGAAAGGAAAAGCCAGACCCGGAGCUGGAUUUGUUUGCGGACAUGGUGCCGGACAUCAAACUGUCCUCCCCGUCUCCGGCCUCGUCUCUGCAGGGCGACUCGGCGACGCUCACCGACAGGUUCGCCGUUGACAACAUGACCGAGGCCGAGGCAGACGGCUGGGGCGAUGGAGAGGACCUGAACUGGGAGGAACAGAGUUCCUGGUGAUGAUGAUUCAAAGAUGCACCUCGGUUACGUGGAUGAAAGUUUUUCCGGGUUUUCCUUUUAAAUAGCAUGUUGCAGUGGGACUGAUUGGCGGAGAUAUUUCAUAAUCUGGUGAUUGCUCUGCAUUAGUCUCUUUGUUAACAGAACUUGCUUUGGAACUGGAUCUGCAGGUGGUGCUUGAUAUGUGACAAGUGAAGCCAUUCUUAAGUUAGCUAACUGGUCCUAAUGUUAAGCUUCUCAAUUAUGGGUUUUGGGGUUAAUAAGCGUGCCAACUUCACUACUGACAUCAAAAUGUGCUUCUCAUAGCUCAUACUGUGGAGAUUUUGUUUAAAUGACACAAGGCUCACACUUUUAAUGAAUGUGAAAUCAAAUUACGUAAUUUAUUAGCUUUAGGUUGGUGGUAAAGAUUUUAUUGUAUAAAAUGACUUAGGAUAUAUAUGAUAAAGUUAUUGCAAGUGCUGCUGACAGGAAGCACUGAACUUGUACUUUUGUAAAACCAGCCAAUAUGGUACAGCACAAUUUUUGAUAAGUCAG